UGCCCGGGAUGGUGUCAACCCUCAGCUGGCGGGCUGCGGACUACUCCCACUGGUUCCCCGGAGCGUCUUUCCGUCCCGGGUCUGUGUGUGUCUCUGGUGCCCUCUUUCCGGCCAGCACCUCGCUCUUCGCUUCUCGGCGUUCGUCUUCAGGCUCUCAGUUUCUCCUCCUCUUUCACCGUCUCCCCAACCCUGAGUGCCAGCCAUUCUCCCGGGCUUCGGUGUCCGAGACCUGAGGGCCUGCCCGGCGCCCCAUGGAAGAGCCCCUCGCGCCCAGCUCAGCCUCGAGAGCCACUGAGGAGCCGGGGUCCCGCGCAGAGAUCAUGGAAGAAGUGACAUCAUCCUCCUUCAACAGCCCUCUGUUCCAGCAAGAAGACAAGGAAGGGAUUACCUACCGGAUUCCAGCCCUGCUCUAUGUGCCCCCCACCCACAUGUUCCUGGCCUUUGCAGAGAGGCGUUCAACAAGCAGGGAUGAGGAUGCUCUCUACCUGGUGCUGAGGCGAGGGUUGAGGACUGGGCACUCAGUACAGUGGGGACCCCUUAAGCCACUGAUGGAAGCCACAUUACCUGGGCAUCGGACCAUGAACCCCUGUCCUGUGUGGGAGCAAAAGAGUGACUGUGUGUACCUGUUCUUCAUCUGUGUGCGGAACCAUGUCACCGAACGUCAACAGAUUGUGUCAGGCAGGAAUGCUGCCCGCCUCUGCUUUGUCUGCAGUCAGGAUGCUGGAUGCUCAUGGAGUGAGGUGAGGGACUUGACUGAAGAUGUCAUUGGCUCGGAAUUGAAGCACUGGGCCACAUUUGCUGUGGGCCCAGGGCAUGGCAUCCAGCUGCAGUCGGGGAGGCUGGUCAUUCCCGCAUACGCCUACUAUUUCCCUUGCCGGUUCCUUUGCUUCCCACUACCAUGUACAACAAGACCUCAUUCCCUGAUGAUCUACAGUGAUGACUUAGGGAUGACAUGGCACCAUGGUAAGCUCAUUAGACCUCUGGUGACAGUGGAGUGCCAAGUGGCAGAGGUGACCAGGAAGGCUGCUUACCCUGUGCUCUACUGCAGUGCCCGGACACCAAACAGGUACAGGGCAGAGGCUCUCAGCACUGAUCAUGGUGAAUGUUUUCAGAGACAGACCCUGAGCCCACAGCUCUGUGAGCCCCCCCCACAUGGCUGCCAAGGUAGUGUAGUGAGUUUCCGGCCCCUGGAGAACACACGUAGAUGCCAGGACACUGGUGGCAAAGAUGCUCCCACCAUUCGGCAGAGCCCUCUACUGGACAAUUCACUGAAGCUGGAGGAAGGAGCUGGAACACCACCUGAAACAUGGCUCUUAUACUCACACCCAACUAAUAAGAAACGGAGAGUUGACCUGGGCAUCUACCUCAACCAGAGCCCCUUGGAGAAUGCCUGCUGGUCUCACCCCUGGAUCUUACACUGUGGGCCCUGUGGCUACUCUGAUCUGGCUGCUGUGGAGGAGGAGGGCUUGUUUGGGUGUUUGUUUGAGUGUGGGACCAAGUGGGAGUGUGAACAAAUUGCCUUCCGUCUAUUUUCAGACCGAGAGAUCCUGAACUGCAUAUAGGGGAUCUGCACCAGUCCUGGUAGGAAUCUGAGCCAAUUCAAGACUAAACUGACUGACUUUUCCAUAGAAGGGAAUGGCAGCCACAACCAGGAUAAUAGAGGUUACAGAGUAUCAAAAACCUUAAUAUUCUAUUCCCUGCCUCUUUUCCAUUUCUUCUCCAAAGAGCAAAAUGAAAAAUUUUCCAUAGCUUCUGCAGUUGCAAGCUCACUGAAUUGGCCUACUUUAAGAUGUUGGACAUGUUACCUGAACUUUCUGGGCCUCAGGUGUCCAUCUGUAAAAUGAGAGAAUUGAUUCUGUGAUAUCUUAUCUUCCCAUUACUAGGAGAAGCAGAGAACCUAUAUGCUCCAUGAUCAGGACUGGCUACAUAAGAACUCUGCUCAGAAUGGGUAUCAGAAGACUUUCUUUUCAAAUGACUCUCCCCUCAUCUGCCUAUAGGGUUUCACACAGGUGUCAAGGCAAGAAGGAGGACCUGGAUUUUUUUCCAUAUUUAAUAAUUACAAUACUCUUACCUUUCUGGAAAAUCAUGCUCUGAGCUCUGCAGGCUCUCUGUCCUAGAGGAAUUGAGCAAGACAGCAGAAUCAUGAUGUUGCCUACUUUUUCCAGCUUCACAGCUCUGCUCAACCAUCCCUUCCUUAUCCAGAAAACAUCAUUUCCUUAGGAGAAAUAUGAGAAACCAGCAGCCCUUGAUGAUGGUGCUUCCUGCUUCUGAUAUCAUUACCUUGAUGAAAAUGAGCUCUACGUUCAUUUUCCCAUUAGGGUGAUUCCUGAUGGGAAAAGGACACGGAUUAGGACGUUAGAAGUGGACAAGCCAGGCAUGAUGGUGUACAUCUAUAUUCCCAGCUACUCAGGAGGCUGAAACAGGAGGAUCACUUGAGGUCAGAGAGUUCAAGGCCAAUCUGAGCAAUUUAGAGAGAUCCUGUCUCUAAAAACAAAACAAAAAAUUGGACGAAAUUACCGAUGGUCCCUUCUUCAAGGGGCUCACGGUUUAUGGAACUAGAAAAGGAAUUAGAUUUGAGAAAAAAAAAUGCUGAUGGUGAAUAGUUGGUAGAUGUUAGGCUGUAAAUUGGGAUGAUGGUAACUUCUGAUGUCAUUGUUUUAAUUGCGUCUUCAGUAUACCUGGAGUCCUCUUUCCAAGGGCUCACCCAGGGUGCUAGAUUUUCCCCAAGUCCGUUUUACUCAGAAUAUUGUUGUUGCCCAGCCUCUCCUUUACCAGUGGGGAAGGUCCUCACCAUUAGGAAGGUCUCAGGGCUGUAAACUUCUGAAUCAGGCCAAUUUGUUUGGACCUACUGGAAUUGCUACUUGUGAAGUAGGGAUGCCUCUCCUUCUAAGACUUUUGGGGCUGAACUUACUUAGCCAGUUAUGGGCCUCUCAGAUGAUACUAGAGUGGUGGUUGCUUCUAUCUUAGAUUGUUUCCCCAAUAGUUUGUUAUUGUGACAGAAAUUUUAUCAUGAGAGAUUUAUUUUUUUGUCUCUAUUUUUAUCCCUAUUUAAGGAGGAUAAUGCCUUAAACUGAUAUCAGCUGAAUGUUUUUGGUGUUGGGUAAUGACCAGAAAGAGUAAGCCUAGUUAUGGGAUACAGCCUAGGAGGCUAGAGUUGUAGUUAUGCAAGUCAGGUGUAAGGAAUAUCCUACUUGAGCAUAUUGCUUAAGACUGUAACUUUUGGGGGCUGGGGAGAUAACCCAGUCGGUAGAGUGCUUGCCUUGUAAGCACAAGGCCCUGGGUUUGAUCCCCAGCACCCGCCCCCCACCCCAAAAAGAAGACU